AUGGAGAUCUUUAAGAAACUGGAGAUCAACAUACCAUUCUCUGAAACACUGCAACAAAUGCCUUCAUAUGCUAAAUUUUUGAAGGAACUCCUCAUGAAGAAGAGGAAAUACAUUGAAGAGGAAACCAUUGAAGCAUUGAUUGAUUUGGGAGCCAACAUCAACUUGAUGUCGCUCUCUAUGUUUAAGAAGAUUGAAGGUUUGGAACUCAAGCCUACUCGGAUGACUCUCCAAUUAAUGGAUAGAUCUCUUAAAUACCUUUAUGGGGUGGUUGAAGAUGUGCUUGUUAAAGUGGAUAAAUUCUUAUUUCAUGUGGAUUUUGUUAUUAUAGAGAUUGAGGAAGAUGUGGAUGUGCCUCUCAUCCUUGGGAGGCCCUUUAUGAAGACUGCAAGAGUCUUAAUUUAUGUGGAAAAUGACAAACUCAACGUGAGAGUACAAGAUGAAGAAGUGAAUUUUGACGUGUUUGAAGAUGUGUCUCAUCCAAAUGAUGGCAAAACAUGUUUUCAUCUUGAUGCACUUGAUGGAGUAUGUAUGGUGCAAGAGAAGUUGGUACGUAGUUCUUCUCCUUUAGAGAAAACGCUCAUUGAUACAUGUGAAGAUUUGAAUGAGGAGGAAGAGAAACUGAUUGAUGAGUGCUUAAUUGACUUGGAUAUUAAAAGAAAUCCGUUUUCAUGA